AUGAUCGCUCAGCUGGCAAGGGUGUCCGACUUACGCAAUGUCCCACCUGCAAGCAAUUUGCUGAUCGAUAUGUUGAACUGGAUUUCGUGCUGCUUUUCAUUGAUCUGGUCCUGUUGA